AUGUCGCUUUUUAAUCAUUCACACCAACUAAAUCUUCCAGUCCACCCACUUAUCCUUUUACCGGAUGGUUGGCUUUGUAGCCAUGAUAAUAAUGGGCAACAGACGAAUGCAGAAAUUACUCUUGACCUCAUUGAUAAUCACUGCUUUAGUGCCGCACUUCAUUUUGCUAUUAAUAACCCAAUACCACCCAUGGUUGGUUCGCCACAUCGCCCUAGAGCAGUCUCGUGGAUGAAUUUAGAAAUUAGCCCAUUUCUCAAGGACGAUGUUGUUGGUGCCGUUUUUCCAAUAGUGGGUUGGAAACGCGCCGAAAUUCUCAGGCUCGAUUCAAAUCGGGGGACUGGAGAUGACGACGACCCAUGUAAUAUCGAAAUGCACCACUGUAUGCGUAGUUGGAAAUUUCACGAAUUGCUAAAUCUAAGAGUUGUUAUUGCUCUACCUUGGCCAGAUUUAAUUCCCCAUCAUGGCAAGUGGGUACAAAAGGAAGAUGAAAAUAUAUACAUGGACUUAAGUAAUUUUUCAAUGAAGGGGAUUCAGGUUACGGUGCUUCCCAACAUUUUUGAAGAACAGACAAGAGAAGUUUUGAUUACAAUGGUUAUUGUAAUGCUCAGUGGAUUUCUCGGAGAGCAUUUCGAAAUUUCAAAGAACACUCUCGUCAAAAAGAGUUUACCACCAUCUUCCAAACCUCCACCUACUAAAUUACCUUCAAAAUCAUCGAGACCUCCAAGACGGGUUUGUCCCACUGCAGGAACUCCGCUCCAUCAACUCAUCACGUCUAAAACUGCUUCUCCAAGUAACACCACUUUUACCACAAAAUAUGCUGAUCAUCUAUUGUCCUCAAGAGUAUUUGGGGCCCAAUUUAUGACAAUGAACUCAUGGCAGGAAGCGACAGUAGGGUUUUUGGGCCUCCUAACUGAGUCUGCAAAGAAAACGGCAAAGUUAUUCAAAGAGGGCUUCGGAAUAUCCGUUCUGUACCACCAAAAACGCCCUCUGCCAGAGUUAAAGGAAAUUCGAUUCGUGGCGGAAUUGCCGGAAUUUCUCUCUUCUUGUGAUGUAGUAAUCCUAAUGGAUGCUUACAGUGAUCGUCAAAUGACUCUGUCAAAAUACCAUAGAGCCCGAACUCCUCUCCGUCAGAAGAUCACAAAGCGUUCUCGAUUCGCUAUACAAGAAGAUGAUUUUCGUCAUUUCAAGCCUACUGCACUGUUCGUUUCCACUUCAACAGUAGAGAAUUUUAGUUUCACUGCCCUUGCUGAAGCUCUUCGGAAUCAGAAAAUUUCAGGAGCAGCCUUUACAAUACCACUUGAUGGGUGUCUUUCCCCUAAUGAGUUACAAGCACUUCAACACUUGAGGAAUGUGCUUUCUAUAGCGCCUCCAUCUACACCCAGAUGUACUCCUAAUAAACUACGUCGUAAGCUAGCUGGAAUGGUACUGCAAGAACUUUUUGAAGGUCUUGGACUACCAUUUUUCAUCCCAAAAGAGAUGGAACCACUUAAGCAUGAUGACUUUGCGGAUUUGAAGACACCCAUGCCCUCGAAGAAAACUACUACUAGCAGGCGAAGUAGAGGCUUUUCAAUAGCUGCACGGAUAAAGGAACACAGAUUGGAUAGAAGUAAAUCUGUCACGCUUUUCUAA